GCCUGUUAGCUGUUAAACCUGAAAGAGAAGAAGACAGGCUGCAUGUGGAAAUGUGUUGCUCAGAUGAAGUCGUUAUUUAUCUUCUUAGCGUUUGUCUGGCUGUCUAUAGUUAUAUAUCAUAACAGGGUGGUGACGUUCUUUUAAAAGCUUUCGUUCCAAGUGAAGUUAUACAAAUAAGCAUACGGUUAAAUGCUGACAGUUAGCUUUCAGCACAGCAAGCUAACAUCAACAGCUAGUUCACACAGCAGCAUUAGCCACCAGCAGGCUAACAUCAACAGCUAGUUCACACAGCAGCAUUAGCCACCAGCAGGCUAACAUCAACAGCUAGUUCACACAGUAGCAUUAGCAACCAGCAGGCUAACAUCAACAGCUAGCUGAACCAGCAGCAUUAGCCUCAGCAGUUAGUCAGUUCUGCUCUCACACAUGGCUGCUGAGAGCGUGAAAAGUGAAGCCUUACCCCAGCAGGAGAACGAUAAUGGAGACAGCAAAAGCAGUCAGAAGACAGUGGGCAGUAACGGAGAAGCAGAAAACCAAAGUUUGUCCAAAAGGCAGAGAAAGAAGCAGCAGAAGCAGCACAAAUGGGAGGAGGAGAGGGAGCUCAGAAAGCAGAAACGUAAGGAAAAGAAGCAGCAGCGGCGACUAGAGAGGCACAGUCACAAGGAGGAGGAGGGAGGGGAGGUGCAGAGCUCCAGGAAGCGUCUCCGCAGAGACGUGACGCCCAGCGCUCUGAGGCUGCUGUUGGACUGCAGCUUCGACAGCCUCAUGCUCAGCAAGGAUGUGGGGAAGCUCCACAAACAGAUCCAGCGGUGCUAUGCUGAGAACAGACGAGCCUUGCAUCCAGUGCAG